AUGGCUGUUCCACCCGAGCCAGGCCCAGCAAGGGGCCCCGGAGGCCUGCACUCCUGUCCGCGGGCCGCCGGCCGCCAUGAGGGCUCCUGGGGACAAGCGCUCGGCCGCUCAGAACUCGGAACCCGAUCCUGCUCGGAUACCAUUGCUGGAACAAAGGGCCUCCGGGGUCCCAAGAUGGAACCCUCCCAUGGUGCCACAAAGAAGUCGCAGAACAAAGCCAAGGCCUCCCCCAAGUCAGCUGUGUUCAGCGGUGUGCCUAUGUUGGCGACUCCCGUGCCCAUAAGCUACCUGUGUCCGUACUGCGGGAACUACGUCAUCACGGUGACCACCCCGAUCCCGGGGAUCCUCACCUGGUUGCUGUGUACAGGCCUCUUCAUGUUUGGAACACCUCCUCCACCUCAUAUGCCUCCUCAAUCGUACUUCCAAGGCCCCCGGGUUAUUCACACAGCUGUGUUCAGCGGUGUGCCUAUGUUGGCGACUCCCGUGCCCAUAAGCUACCUGUGUCCGUACUGCGGGAACUACGUCAUCACGGUGACCACCCCGAUCCCGGGGAUCCUCACCUGGUUGCUGUGUACAGGCCUCUUCAUGUUUGGGUGUGUCCUGGGCUGCUGUCUCUUCCCCUUCUGCGUGGACAGUUUAAUGGACGUGAGUCACACGUGUCCCGUGUGCCGGCGGGAACUCUUCCGCUACCAUCGCCUGUGA